GCUCGCAGCGGCGGCCGAGUAGGGCGUGUGGGACGGACGAGGGCGAUAAGACACGUGGCGGCAUCUCUGCAAGACGUCUCCUUGCGUAUCGCGCUGCGGAAGCGACGUGUGCGCGCAGGGGAGGUCCCGAAACCGCCGGCGAGACAGAGCGCCCUCCCGAGACGCCAGGCGCCGCGGCGCGCUGAAAAAUGAGCCUCCUCGAAGUUGACGGCAACGCCAUCGCAUCACUAACAUGUGAGCCCGCGUCCCUCGCCCUCCCGCCGGUGCUCCGCGUGAACGUGAGCGACGGCUACGAAAGAGAUUCAGGAAGAUGGGCGCGGCUGCGAGGACGGUGCUUUUUGGUACCAAGCGACGCGGACGGCCGCGCGCGGCUCGAGGCGUAUUGUGCUGAUUUGGCCAAACCUAGACCUCCCAACCCGUACGGCAAAGCUGCCGUGCUGCAACGAAGCAACGAUGGAAGGCCGACGGCCGUCAUCCCGCCCGCCGUCGCCCGGGACGGGCGCGCCGUCUGUUUGUUCGAUGAAGAUGGUUCAUUGAGCGAUGUGGCGGUGCGCGUCCUGGACGAGAGAGGUACUCCUACGGCGCAGUUCGCCCUCCGGGGGGCCUGUCCUUUGACCAAUAUUGAGGUCACGACCUAUUCCAGAGAUCAUGCUUUUCUGUUGCGAGCGACGGCGGCGGACUGUUGCGUGGUGCCCUUACAAGCUUCAUCUGAGGAUGAUGGCCAGCGAGCAAGACAGUUCGGGACCUGGUUAAGGCAGCGCAACAAGUUCGCGAACGCGGGACGAGGUGCUUGGUUAACGUCGGCGACCGACGGGAGUUUGGAGCUCGUCAUUGACCGUAAUGCGCUCACCGAUGUCGAGCCGCGCGGGCCGUCGUCGCCGGCGUUCCCGCCGCCGCCCGACGUCGUACCGCCACCACCACCGUCGAUGGACAACGCCAAUCAACGAGCCGCGGCGGACUUCUACAAUUCUCUGAAACGAACAAGACAGCAAGGGGAAAGAGGCCAGACGCGAAUCUAUCACUUGAGACGCCUGAACAACUGGGUCAAGGCCGAGAUCAUUUCCCAAGCGUGUAAGGGCAAGGAGGCGCCAGCUAUAUUGGACUUAGCCUGCGGGAAGGGCGGCGACCUCGGAAAGUUCAUCCGGGCCGCGCCCGGUAGAUAUGUGGGUGUUGACAUCGCGAAGACGUCGCUGGAGGACGCCGUGGAACGGUUAGAAUCUGACUCGAGACGGUGGGGCGCCGUGCCCGUGACCCUUGUGGAAUGCUCUCUGGGCGGCUCAUCCAUACUAGAAGCGGCACCGCGCCAGGUCUACGCCGACAGUACGUGGUCCACGGCACCCUACGCCGUACCUCCAUCUUUAUUUGAUGUGGCGUCGAUGCAGUUCGCCUUACACUACAUGUUCGAGAGCGAACAAAGAGCAUCAAGAUUGUUUAGUGAUGUUUUUGGCGCCCUCAAACCGGGCGGUUCGUUAGUCGCGACGACGGUGAACUGCACGGCGCUGUGUGCGCGUAUUCUAUCGACGGCGAAUCCUGCCUCGUCGGAUAUGACGCCGCCUUCCACGGACAUAGCAGAAUGGUAUGUUGCCGUUGUUGAUCAUGAGCCCCCUAUGGAUGAAAAGGGUUUAACUCUAUUAAAGGACGCCCUCAAACGUCGAAGGCGGGUCCUGGAGGUGUGGUUAAGUAAAGAGACAUAUCUACAAUUAUGUGGGUUGGAACCGGGUGCUGAAACACCAAGAUGUGGGUUAAGAUAUUGGUUCCGGCUGCUGGAUGGGGACGGCUCGACGGCGGUCGACGCUCCCGAAUGGUUGGCACCUAGAGAGGUCAUCGACGACCUCGCCCAGAAAGCGGGCUUACGAGUCGACGGCUACACACCGUUCGCGGAGUUCGUCGAAGCACGGGCCCAGACGCCGGAGGGUCGCGCAUCCCUCGAGCGCAUGGGCGUGCCCGACACGUCCGGAUCGUUGUCCCAGGCGGAGUGGGACGUCGCCAGUCUCUACGUCGUGUUGCGACUGACGAAGCCCAUUAUAGCAGGCCCGGACCCCAUGGCCCUGGCCUUCGGCAAGGUCAAGAAGGCCUGGGGGUCAAGAUGGGACGGCUUGAAGGGCGCCGAGAAGAUCUCGUUGGUGCAGCGGUGCGCUUCGGGCCAGAGCGGGUGGGAACCGCCUCCCCAAUCCCUCGCGGUCGACGCGGACUUCGGCGACGACGAUGACGAGGCGCCGCUCGCCGUGGACAACGAUUUCGGCGAUGAUGAUGAUGAGGACAUGCUCGGGCCGGCGUCUCCCUCGUAUCCGCCGCCGCCGCUGCGGCCGCGGGCGUCGUCGUCGCCGAUCAUGACGGGGUGAGUGAGUGUAAAAUUAGGGAAUAGCAUGGCAGGUAUCCUCCAAAACCCGGGUUGAUGGCCCAG